UUUUUGGACGUCGGCCACGUCUGCGCAUUGUGUCCCCUUGAGCUGUAGAUAUAUCUGUACAUGAAAAAAAAAAAGAUAAUAAUAAAUAACUAUUGAAUCUGAUUGCCAUGAUAGAUUGAGACAGAUUGUAGCGUGCAAUCUUAUGGAUAAUUGGUUUCACAAUAUAUCGUGAAAAAAAUAAAAAAUAUAGUGCAUAUUGUUUAUAACUGUAUACACAGUAGAAUAGAAGUGAGAAAAACACGAUUAAAUCGAAGAAAACUAUAUUGAAUUUUCAGAUCACGCAUUGUUAUAAUUUUAAAGUCCCACAGGGGGCGUCUUUUAAAAAACUGUAUCAUUGUAACCUAAUUGCAAGAAUGCAAGUUCGCCGUAUGUAGCAAUUAUAUAGCUACUGUCAGAAAUCUAAACUUGUUCCAUAUGUAUGAAUAAUAAUCGCUAUUCUUUCAAGCAAGAAUGAAGAUGUAAACUAUAAAAUAGUAUAACUUUUUGGAGCUCCUUAGUACUUAAAAUGCAAUAUGAAAAAACGUAGUUAUUUACGCUUGAUUUCUACUAUUAAAAAAUAACCCAUAUGUUAGAAGAUGUUGAUAGUAUAUAUAAGCUUGCUCACUUUACAAUGUGUGUCAUUAGUUACGGGGGUGCCUCAAAGGUACGAAAAAAAAGACCUUCUGAAGUAUCGUGAAGAAACUCGUGCAAUGUUUGAUCAUGCAUAUUCUAGUUACUUGAAAUACGCUUAUCCUUACGAUGAGCUGCGCUCCUUGAGCUGUGAUGGUUUUGAUACAUGGGGUAGUUUUUCGCUGACCCUAAUAGAUGCUUUAGAUACAUUAGCUGUAAUGGGAAAUUUCACUGAAUUUCGCAGAGUUGCAGAAAUUAUUGCUUCAAGAUCUGAUUUUGAGGCUAACAUCAAUGUGUCUGUGUUUGAAACUAAUAUCAGAGUUGUUGGUGGUUUAUUGAGUGCACAUUUACUCUCAAGAAAAGCUGGCAUGAAACUAGAGCCAGGGUGGCCAUGUAAUGGUCCAUUGUUACGACUUGCCGAAGAUAUGGCCAAAAGAUUAAUUGUUGCAUUUGACACUCCUACUGGGAUGCCCUAUGGCACAGUCAAUUUGAAAUAUGGAGUUCCCCAAGGAGAAACCAGCAUUACAUGUACCGCAGGAAUUGGAACAUUUAUAUUGGAAUUCGGUACUUUAUCAAGAUUAACUGGUGACCCAUUGUACGAAGAAGUGGCAAUGAAUGCCAUGAAAGCACUACACUAUUAUAAGUCUAAUAUUGGCUUAGUUGGAAAUCAUGUUGAUGUUUUAACUGGUCAUUGGACAGCUCAAGACUCUGGUAUAGGUGCUGGGGUUGACUCGUACUUCGAAUAUUUAGCAAAAGGAACACUACUCUUUCAGGAUCCUUCUUUAGCUGUUAUUUUUCAUGAGCAUAGAGCAGCUAUUGAAAAGUAUAUUCGUCGAGAAGACUGGCAUCUUUGGGUAUCUAUGACCAAAGGUCAAGUGACAUUACCAGUAUUUCAAUCUCUUGAUGCAUACUGGCCUGGAGUUUUGAGUCUCUUUGGAGAAAUUGGUGAUGCUAUGAAAUCACUUCAUAAUUAUCAUAGAGUUUGGAAACAGUUUGGAUUCACUCCAGAAUUUUAUAAUAUUCCACAAGGCGAAGCAGGAACUAAUAGGGAAGGAUAUCCACUUCGGCCUGAAUUGAUAGAAUCUGUUAUGUAUCUUUAUAGAGCAACUGGUGACCCAUAUUUGAUUCAAGUUGGUGUUGAUGUUUUGAGAAGUUUACAACAUAGUGCUAAAACUACCUGUGGAUAUGCUACUAUAAAUGAUGUUAGAGAUCAUCGUAAAGCAGAUAGGAUGGAAUCUUUUUUCCUUGCUGAAACAACAAAAUACCUCUAUUUAUUGUUUGAUCCUGAUAAUUUUAUUCAUAAUGCAGGCAAACAUGGCGAUGUUGUCCAAACACCAUGGGGCCAGUGUGUUGUUGAUGCUGGUGGCUAUAUUUUUAACACAGAAGCUCACCCAAUUGAUCCUGGUGCAUUGCAUUGCUGUCAACGUCCACACAACCUAUUUCCUCAAAAGAAGUCUAAAAUGCAUAAAUUUGUUAUCAUGAAUGACAGAAAAAAUGAAGAUCCGACCAAUGUAAAAUUUUUUGAAGACGAUGCUAAUAAAAGAGAAGAAAGCAAUCGAACUAUGAAAAUCGAAAAGCUCUCUGAUAUCAAAAGAGUUGCAUUAAGUGAUAUUAAUAAUAAUACAAAGUCAGAUAAUAUUACUGAACCUGAAGUAAUUUCUGUUAAGAAAGAGGCUGACACCCUUGAAACAAAUGGAUCUGAAGAUUCAAGUAACUAUAAGGUUCGAGUAAUAGCGCCUCCAAGUGCAAUUUAUAAAGCUGAUGAUAGUGAAAAUGUAGAAACACUUGUAACUGCAUCAAGAGCAAGUGGAGACUUUCCGCCAACUAAUGACGAUACAUCGAAUAAAAGUGAAUCAAUAAAAUUUGAAGAAACUACCUCAGAAAGAAAGAUUUACUUUGACCCACAAAUAAUGCUAGAAAGGAUAAGGAAAAAUAAUUUAUAUCCAUCUAAUACCACAGCAAAAGAAGAUUUCCAAUUACUGAGUUGUCAAUCACAACCUUUUCUACAACGUAUAUCUAUUGUGGGAGAAUUUUUCUGAUUUGCAUAUUAUUUGCCAAAAACCUGAAUUGUUAUACAAUACAUUAACUUUUUUCUGAAAUCAUUUGAGAAGUACAAAAAUGUUUGAUAUGAAUUUAUCUAAAAUUUGAAACUCAAGAGUAAGACUAGUCAGUUGCAAUUUUUUAGUAUAAGUGCACUGAUGAAAUUAAACAUUCUUUUUAUUUAUAUACUUAUAUCUAUUCCUUAUACUUUGUGCAUUUACUAUGUAUUUUACUUUAUGAUGAAAAAUGUGAUUGAGCCUAUUUAAACUAUUAAUAAUUAGGGAAUAGAUAUAAAAGUAGGAAACAUUAAGAUUUUUCUUGCCACUUUACAAUAGAGAAACAAACAUUGGCAUAUUGUAAACUGUGCAGGGAUAGCUUUUAUACUGGAAUCUAUACACAUAAUGAACUUAUGACGAGUUUUUGUAAUGAAAACAUUCAAAACUAUCGACCAUUUAUAACGAAUCGCACGAUUUAAAAAGUAUAAUUUUGACUAUUAAAGUAUGCUAAGAAAUGUGUGUAUAGAAAUGCAUGAAUUUCAAGUCCACAUUAUACACAUUAUAACACCUGAUUUAAUUGUGAAAUUUGAGUAAAUAGUUUGAACUUAUUGUGCUGUAUAUCAUUACAGUAAGUUCAAUUAAUCUACUUGUACGAUUGUGUAUAAUUGUAUACUGCAGUGACACGCUGUACCUAUUUUUGGAAACAUAUCUGGGAAUGGUAUUUUUCUGUUUCAAUGUUGACUGACAUUGUUGUACAGUUUUAGAAAUAAAGUGUUAUUGUUACAACUGCAA